UAUAUAAUAUGUAUAUAUAUAAUAUGUGGGUGAGUGUGUGUGUGUGAGAGAGCAAUUUUGGCUGUAUAAUCACGUGGAAAAAAAAUGGCGUCUAUGGGUGCAAUCGUGAUUGGUUAUUCAAUUGGCCAUCGGUGAUUUUCAUCGCUUCCAUUGUAAACCUUCAAUAAGCUGUUACCGGUGUUGAACAUAACCUACAAAUCUGUUGGUCAGAUGCUGUAUCACCUAAAAUAUCUAAGAAAGUUUAAACAGUUGUAUUGACCUGAUAAAUCUCAGCAGUUUGUUUAAAGACACAUCAAUGCCGAAAUACUAUUGUGAUUAUUGUGACACUUAUUUGACACAUGACUCGCCGAGCGUGCGGAAAACCCAUUGCCAGGGUCGUAAGCACAAAGACAAUGUGAAGUAUUUCUAUCAGAAAUGGAUGGAGGAGCAAGCUCAGCACUUGAUCGACGCAACGACUGCUGCUUUCAAGGCCGGUAAGAUCGCCUCUAACCCCUUUGCGGCCAGUAAGGGCGCGGCGAUACCGCCACCACCGAAUCUUGGCUCCAGCCUUGGCUCAAGAUCCGGAGUGCCACCACAAGGACCUCCAGGAAUGAUGCCACCACCUGGUAUGCAUCCAGCAGGUCCCAUGGGACCAGGUGGUCCAAUGAUGAUGGGACCUCAUGGACCAAUGCCACCUCCUAUGAUGGGUAUGAGGCCGCCGAUGAUGGGGCCUAUGGGUCCAAUGGGUCCUAUGAUGGGUCCUAUAGGUCCUAUGGGUCAUAUGAGACCACCGAUGAAUGGACCACCACCUCCAAUGGUAGGUCCACCACCAAUGAAGAAAUGAUCAAAUUAAGGACUCUUAUUUUUGAUGUAUUUUGUGAGAUGCUAUUGAACUCGGAAUACUGUGGUGUUAUGUAAGAAAAGAUGCAUAUAUAGUAUUGUAUAUUUGAGAAUUUUAUACAAACUAUAUAUGGAAACCAUACUCUAUAGUUGAAAACCAUUCAUCAUUCUGAUAUAUAUUAAAAUAAUUUAUGUUAUUAACACAUUCAUGUAUGUAGCACAUUUAUAAUUUACUGUGUGUAUAUCAAUUGUUUCUUAUUUAACAUAUAUAAAGCAAAAUUUCUAGGCAUGAAGAUAAAACAUACAAAAUUUAUAAUAUUGGAACUUUAAAAGUGU